AUGCCAGACAAGCAGCCAGGCCUCCAGGACGGGGGGGGGCCCGAGGAGAAGGAGGCGCCGGCGUCUUCGGUGCCGGACGUCCCGGUCGUCUCCGGUGAUGGCGCGGGCCUGGAGCUCGAUGACUUCAGGAAAACAACACACAGCGUCAAACAAUCCACGAACAUUGAUGUAUUGAAAGGAAACGACAGCUCGGGACUGAGUGAGUCCGAGGUGUCCGUCGAGGUGGGGGUGGUGAAAACAGCUCAGGCCCCCGGACCUCUCGUGGUCGCUACGGCCCUGCAACCGCCGGAUCCCGAUAGGCUGCAAACACACAACGACUCAGACUACAGCAGCACAAAGUCCAGCCCUGGCUACACGUCCACUAGCUUCAACUCGGACCUCUGUGGCGACGAGUUGUCCGAGCUCGACGGGUCCUCGUUGGAGAAGGCCAACGCCGUCUCCACGGCCAGUUUGGACGACAAACACAGUCCUGACCUCAAACCAGUAGAAGGAACGUCUUUCUGCGACGCUUUCCACGACUUCUCACCCAAAGUCUCCCAGACGAGGGACAGCUUCGACGCCGGGUGCGACGAGGCGGACGGGGACGAGGACGAGCGGAGCGUCAGGUCCGGGCAGAGCGUGAAGGAGGGGGUGUGCGGCUGCUACCAGGCGAUCCACCGGGCCUUCCUGCGCUGCGUGGAGGAGACCCCGGCCAUGCUCUCCGGUCUGGUGCUGUCCCUGGCCUUCUGCGUGGCCAUCAUCGUCCUCAUCCCUGCCACAAGGGGGGAUCAAAUCAUGACCCACGUGGGCGCCCUGUCCGUGGUGUGCGUGGUUCUCUGUCUCAGCGCCGCCCUGCUCGUCUGUCUGCCCUGGCUGGCCACAGUGAGGCGCUGUGGGGGGGCCCUGGCCCUCUUUGUGUGGGGGACGCUUUACACCACGGCCAUAGUCUUCAUCUUCACCGGAGGACCUGUCACCACGUGGGAACAGGUGGCGUUCUUCCUCUUCCUGUCCCUGAGCGUCUACACGGUGCUGCCGCUCUCUCUGGCCUGGGCCCUCAUGGUCGGGAUCGGCACCAGCGUCUCCCACAUCGUCAUCAUCAGUGUGUACGUCCCUGUCACCAGCCCCGAGACGCCGGACCUGGCUGUGCAGCUGGUGGCGAACGCCGUCCUCUUCGUGUGCGUGAACUGCAUCGGCUUCUUCCACCUGUGGACGACCGAGCACGACCUCAGGAUAUCCAAUCAGAAGAGAGAGGAGUUCAGCGCCAUACGCUCCCAGAAGGAAGUCAGGAAAUAUCAGCAGGAGCAGCUCCUCUUGUCGGUGUUGCCACGCUACAUCGCCAUGGAGCUGAAGACGGAGGUGAUAAAGCGCCUGUCCAAGCCGAAGGGCGAUAAGGAGAACGAGUCCAACUUCCACAACUUCCACAGCCUCUACAUCCGGCAGCACAAGGACGUCAGCAUCCUGUAUGCGGACAUCGUCGGCUUCACCAAGCUGGCGAGCAGCUGCACCCCCGAGGAGCUGGUGGCUGUGCUCAACAAGCUCUUUGGCCGAUUCGACGACAUAGCCAAGAAGAACGGAUGUCUUCGCAUUAAGAUCCUGGGCGACUGCUACUACUGUGUGUCCGGCCUCCCCGACCCGAUCCCCACCCACGCCAGGAACUGUGUUCAGAUGGGGCUGGACAUGUGCACGGCCAUCAGUAAGCUGCGCGAGGCGACGGGUGUGGAGAUCAGCAUGCGUGUGGGCGUUCACACCGGCUACGUGCUCUGUGGCGUGAUCGGCCUGCAGAAGUGGCAGUACGACGUGUGGUCACAUGACGUUACGCUGGCCAACCACAUGGAGUCUGGAGGUCUGCCGGGACGAGUUCACAUCUCAGAGGAGACCCUGCAGUACUUGAGUGGGGCGUACCAAGUGCAGGUUGGGAACGGGGGGAGUCGAGAUUCUCUUCUUGACGGAAGAAAGACCUUCCUGGUGAUAGACCCUCGUAAACCGGACAUCAGCUCCAGGAAGAGAGAACCGGGGAACCGACAGUUGGAGCCCCGGCAGCGGGCCUCGGUGCGGAUGUCCCAGUAUCUCGAGUCCUGGAGGACGAUUCACCCGUUCGCUGACCUCAGCAACCCGGAGGCCACGCCCUCCAAGAAGACCGCCGCCCACGUCGUCACGAGCCAACCACAGCUCAACACCGAAAGACCUCCCUGCCAGAGCAACCCCUCCAGUUUUGUCGUGGAUCACGGAGUCAAAGGGUCACUGGACACACUGGACACUGCAGGGCGCAGAGCGAAGAAGCUGAACUGUUUGACUCUGCUGUUCAACGACUGUAGCCUGGAGAAACAGUUCCGAGUGUCGGAGGUGACGGGCCUGCAUCACUCCAUCGGCUGCGUGGCUUUGAUCUUCAUCACGCUCUUCAUCGUCCAGAUGCUCGUCUCCGAAAGGAACUUUGAGAUGGCCGUGUCGUACGGCGUCACCUUCCCGGUGAUCGUGCUGCUCCUGUCCAUCGCUUUCACCAGAUGCUUAGAGAAGUGGCGAUCCAAGAUGCCCGUGGGUAUCCAGUGGAUAUCGGGACUGUCCCGGGGCGUCUCCACCAGGGCGGCGCUCCGACUGUUCGUGGUCAUUCUGUGCGUGCUCAUCACCCUGCUCAUGGCGAUCCUCAACUCUUUCUUCUUGCCAGUAAACAGAAACUGCACCAACAUCACCAACAGGACGGAGCUGGAGGCUCUCAACCUCUACACCACGCCCUACUACCUGUACUGCUGCCUGCUGGCCAUGCUGGGAGUGAUCGUGUUCGUGAGGACGUGCCUGUCGGUGAAGGCUCUGCUGCUCACCCUGGCUGUGGUGGUUUAUCUGGCCGUCUUCCUCUACGUGUUCGAGCCGAGGUCCAGCUGCCUCGUGGACCUGCUCUACAACAACACAACGCCCGGAGUUCUGAAGGAUCCUCAGAUCAUGUCGGGGGUGUGGUUGGUCAUAUUCUACAUCGUGGGCCUCAUCCUGGCCAGACAGGACGAGCUCAGCUGCCGUGUGGACUUUCUGCUGGAGCGAUGCUUCCAGAUGGAGAGGGAGGAGAUGGAGACCAUGGAGAACGUCAACAAGCUUCUCCUGCAGAACGUCCUGCCGUACCACGUCACCUCCUUCUUCAUGGGCAAAACCGUGAGGAACCAGGACCUGUACAGCCAAUCGUACGACUGCGUGUGUGUGAUGUUCGCCUCGGUGCCUGAGUUCAAAGAGUUCUACAGCGAGAGCAGCGCCAACAGCGACGGGCUGGAGUGUCUGCGCUUCCUCAACGAGAUCAUAUCUGACUUCGAUGAGCUGCUCUCCAAACCCAAGUUCUCGUCGGUGGAGAAGAUUAAAACGAUCGGCAGCACGUACAUGGCGGCUGCGGGUCUGACACCUCCAGGCGAUGAGAGGAAGAAAUACGAGAUGUCCUACACUCAUGUGCGGGCAAUGGUGGAGUUUGCGUUCUCUCUGAUGGCCAAACUGGAGCUCAUCAACACACACUCCUUCAACAGCUUCAAACUCCGGAUCGGAAUAAACCACGGGCCGGUGAUUGCUGGAGUUAUCGGGGCUCACAAACCUCAGUACGACAUCUGGGGGAACUCUGUGAACGUAGCGAGCAGGAUGGACAGCACGGGAGUGUUGGACAAGAUACAGGUGACGGAGGAGACGGCGGAGGUGGUCCGGAGCAUGGGCUACGGGGUCACCCUCAGAGGAGUCGUCAACGUGAAGGGCAAAGGGGAGCUCACCACCUACUUCCUCAACACGGACCCGUCCUCUCCUCAGUUCUGAACCUGACCUACACUCAUCACUAGACACUGGGUCCACACACGAGCUGCUAAUGCUUCUUACUGGUUGAUUUCAUGAGCUGGGGCUGGCCCUGACGUAGCAGACGGGGGCAGCUGAGUGGAACAUGAACAGUAGCUGUGACUUCUGGGAGUUCACCCACGUCCGUCUGACUCUUCACAAACAUCCGCACCGACUCACCGCUGAUGAAGGUCGAACACCGAGGAGCUGCCUUUGUCUUUCGGAUGAGACGCUAAAUAAAAUCCAGUAGAAUGAAGAUACAAGACUUCAGGCUGGGGACUGACAGAAGAGAAUCGUUGAACUCACAGACUGUGUCAGUGUCUGUACUGUGUCUGGACUCUGUGAUGAACCCAUAUCCUGAAUGAUGCUCUUUUUGGGCACAUUUAUCUCUGAUGAUUCAGAAGCAUUGUCCACUUAUGAACCCAUGUUAGUGUUUAUGGUUAUUUUAUAGGAAAGUAAUGAGAAAUACCAAAGAUAACUGUUGUUUACACCUCACAUAAGCAAAAACUUCUCAUAUUAUUUACACAUUUUUCAACCUAUUCUGUUUUAACUUAGUUGCGAAAAGCGUUUAGGCCUAAACUCGGAUUUGAUUCUGAAUCUGAGAAUGUUUAUAAAAAUAUUCUGUGUUUUCAAACCGUUAAGAUUUAAAAUUUGAUUUCUUUAUCAUCUACACAACCUGACAUGAUGCUUCAACACAUUCACACACAGGCACAAUGAUGCAUCGAGCCACUAAACGUCAUAAUGCACAUUUGAAACUGCACUUUUUAAUUUGUUAUAUUUUUUAAUGGUAUUUCUGUAUUGGAAUAGUUGCACACAGAAUAUUUCCCCUUUCUUUUUAAAUACAUCCAUAUAUAUAUAUAUAUAUUUAUACAUCUACGAGGGGUGUUGUGAAGUGUGAAUGUACAAAGAGCUGUUCAGCACAUGGAAGUAUUUUUUUAUUUAAUUUAUAAACUAAUAAAAAAUAUAUCACUUAUGGA